GGAAAAAAAACAGAAAAAAAAUUUAAAAAAUUAAUAAAAAUAAUGACAAUGAGUACAUUAUUGAUACAUCAGAUUGAACCAUUUUUUGGUGGUUCAACAAUACAAUCUUCAUCAUCAUCUUCAUCUUCAUCAUCGUCAUCUUCAUCAUUAUCAUCGAAUCCGGUUGAUGAUCAAAUGGAUAGUUUUUCACCAACAUCCGUAAAUCUUACAUUUCCCGAACAAUAUGGUGGUGGUGGUUGUGGUAGUGUUGAAUCAUCGAAUCGUACAUCAACGUCAUCAUUAAAUCAUUCAAAUGAUAAUAAUGUUGGAUUUAUAACCAUAAUGAAUUAUAAUCUUUUUAAUCAAACAAAUGAUAAUGAAAAUUUUAAUCAUCAUCAACAAUUAUUAUCUUCGAUUAAUACGGAAUCAGAUAAUACCAACAAUAAUAAUCAUGAUGAUAAUUUAGUUAUAAAUAAUAAUUGUCAACAACAAUCAUCAUCAUCAUCAUUUUUAUUACCAUUUUCGAAUGUUUUAUCAACAAACAACAAUAAUCAUCAUGACGAAAACCAUUUUGACUUGAAUAGGUCAUCUAUUGAUCAAAAUAGCCAACAUCAUAAUAAUAAUAAUCAUUCGAAUUCCUAUCAUCAUCAUGUUGAUGAUUUUAUUGUCCAUAAUAAUUCGGAUGAUAAUGAUGAACAAAAUGAAGAUGAUAAUAAUAAUAAUAAUAAUAAUAUUGUUAAUUGUAUGCCAUGUAUUCUUCAUGAUGAUUAUGAUAUUUCCAAUCAUAUCGAACAACAUUCAUUGACAACAAUAGGAACAACUGCAUUAUCAUCAUCAUCAUCAUCAUCAUGGUCAAUAAAAUCACCGGAACAAUGGCAACCAAUUGAAGUAGCUGAAUGGAUACGUUUUUGGGCAUCAAGAAACAAUAUACAGGAUAUUGAAAUUGCACAUUUACUUUAUAAUCAAAUGUCUGGCAAUGAAUUAUGUCAAAUGCAACGAGAAUAUUUUACUAAUAUUUGUCCACAAUAUGGUAAUCUUAUCUAUGAUUCAUUACAAUCAUUAAUGGAACAAUUUCGUCAUUCGAAUCAACAACAACAACAAUCGAAUGAUGAUAAAAAUUGUUUUUUGCUAUCCAAUCCAAAUUCUGAUUACGCUCAACAACAACAACAAAAUCUUCAUCAUGAUGAAUCUUUACAAACCAAUGACAUAUCAAAUCAUCAUCAUCAUCAUUUAUUACCAAUUCAUUUAGAUCUAUAUCAUCAUCAUCAACAUCAUCAUUCGUCAAUGAUAAAUACAAAUUUAGAUUCAACAAUAAGAUUGGCUAUCAGUAAUGAUGAUUUAUUCGAUGAUAAUAAUAAUAAUAAUCAACAACCGCAAUCAUCACAACAAACAAAUCAUCAUAUACAAAAUCAAUUUAAUCAUCAUCAUCAUCACCAUCAACUUAAUCAUUAUAAUAACAAUACAUUCGAAGAUCCAAGUCCAAACUCUUAUGCAUUUGAUUCUGAUCGUGAAAGUAAUACUAGUAGUACAACUUUUAGUGAUCAUCAUCAUCAUCACAAACACAAUCAACAACAUGGAAAUCAUCAACAAUAUCGUCAUCAUGAACAACAACAACAACAACAAUUACAAAAAAUUCCCCUCGUUAUCGGAUCCUAUUAUUUAUCACCACUAGAGCAACAACAACAACAAUGGCAACAACAACAACCACAAUCAGCAUCAUCAUCACCAUCAUCCACAUCAUUAUCAUCAUCAAUUUUGAUCAAUAAUAAUAAUAAUAAUAAUAAUAAUGGUCAUCAGCAACAACAACAACAGAAUUGUCAAGAAAUUCAUGUUAUUUUUAGUAACAAUGAUAAUAACAAUAAUGAACAGGAUCAUCAUCAUCAUCAUCACAAUCACCAAUCAUCCAAUAUCGAAUUGGACAUUGAUCAAACAUCGAUUGAUGAUGAUGAAUUAGCCUUGAAACAGCAACAUCAUCAUCAUCAACAUUUAAAUCAUCAAUAUACAAUGAAUAAUAGUAGCCAUCAUCAUUUUCAAGAUAAUAAUAAUAAUUGUUCCAAUGUAAUUAAUAAUGGACGACGAGGACGGCCACCGAAAAAAGAGAAUAAAUCUCGAAGUAAAGGUAAUGGUAAACUAUGGGAAUUUAUUCGUGAUUUGUUAUUAAAUCCGGUGACCAAUCCAAGUUUAAUACGUUGGGAACGACAAGAAGAUGGUAUAUUUAAAUUCAUACAAUCGGAUAAGGUGGCAAAAAUGUGGGGUGAACGUAAACAAAAUCCACGUAUGACAUAUGAAAAAUUAAGCCGUGCAAUGAGAUACUAUUAUAAAUCACAAGUAUUAUUACCGGUAUUUGGAAGACGAUUAGUUUAUAAAUUUGGACCAAAUGCAACUGGUUGGAGGCCAAUAAAAACAACAACAUCAAUUGAUGAUUAUGAUUAUUCACAAUCAUCUCCAUCGACGACAACAAUUUGUGAAAUGACACAUUUGGAUUCAAAAUGAAAAUACUUUUCCCAAAAACAAAAAACAACGACCUAUCGUUCGUAAUUAUACCAAAAAACAAAA